CUCUUUAAAUAUUUUGCCAUUAUUUCUGUAAAUCUUUUGACAAAAUAUUUUUUUAAAAAAUAUACUAUAUUUAAGUGUAAGGAAAUUCCUUUCAAAAAAAAAAGGAAAAAAAAUGGUAAUGAAAUGGAAAUUAGAGUGAUUGGAGCGUGGAAGCCCUGCCAGCUUUCUUGGGACCCAAACAUCAUCGAAUGGCACACAAUUAAUCCGUACGGACACGCGUCAAAAUCGAAUGCCUAAACCAAGAUGCGGCGAUUCGUAAGGAAUCGUUGGUCUAAGCCGGUAUCUACGGGUAACAUCAAACUUAAAAUCUUUUUAAACCUCCUAAUGCUAAAACAAAACCACGUAAUUCACAAACUGAAAAAAAAAACAAAUUAGGAAAAAAAUAGAAAUAUGAAAAGGUAAAAAGAGGAUACCAAGGAUAGUCUUAUAAAAACGGGAUUCCUGCCAUUUUCUGUGAACUGAAAUUCCAACUAUUCACCUUCAUUUUUCUUCUUCUCUUCUCCAUAGUCUUUCCCUCUCUCUAUCUGAGCUUUUUCUUUUGGUGUCGAUGGUCCAUUUUUCAGUAUUGAUAAAAUUAGUCUCUGGUUCAUUUUAAAGAUACCAUUUUUAAGAAAUGGAUUCGGUUAAGUUCUCAGAGCAUCGAACGGUGACAGUUGUUAAGUCAUCUCAGUCGAGGAAGCAUGACUUGAGAGUCGUAAGGAUAUAUGUAACAGACGACGAAGCUACAGACUCUUCCAGCGGUGAAGAUGAAGAGAGCCGAGAGUCAUCGGCGUCGGCUAUGUUGAGAGUGAAAAGACAUGUGAGUGAGGUUAGGUUCGAGGAGUACUGUCCCAACACUCGACCGGAUGUCCGAAACUCUAAGCUUAAGCCGGCCAAUCGUAGCGGGAGUCGACCGUGCAAAUCAACAGCUGCCGUGGCGGAGCAGUACUUCCCCAAUGGUCCCAAAUUCAGGGGAGUUCGGCGGCGGCCAUGGGGGAGAUGGGCCGCAGAGAUUAGGGACCCAUUUCGGCGGACGAGAGUUUGGCUUGGCACGUUCGAUACGGCGGAGCAGGCUGCGUUGAUGUACGAUGAGGCUGCGAUUCGACUCAAAGGACCCGGCGCUCAAACCAAUUUCGGGCUCGAUCCUCGGCGGGAGCCCUCGAAUCCUGUCGUUGUUGUUGAGGAUCAGGAUCAUGAUCAUGAUCAUCAAGAAGUUGUUGGUGGUGGUUAUGAUUCCGGGAAAGAAUCCCAAGCUCCUCUGUCUUCUCCCACCUCUGUUCUAAGAUUUCAAAACCCACUCGAUCAGUCAAAUCCCGAGUGUACGGACACCUGUACUCCUACUGAUACGAAUAAUAGUACGGACCGAAGCAAUAUAUACUGUACUGAACCCCAAGUGGGACUUGACUCUGCUGAUUCAGAAUGGUGUUUUGAAGAUGAUUUUUCGUUUUUGGAUUCGCAUAUCUUGAGUGAUGAUUCUUUAUAUGAACAAUGUCCUCCCCCGCUAUUCCUAGACGAUGGAGUUCAUUAUGUUCCAGACCAAAUCUCAGCGGUGGAGGAGGAUGAAUUCGGGGCUGUUUUGGUUGAUUUGGAUGGAGAUUUUAGGUCGUGUAAAUGGGACGUUGAUCAGUAUUAUUUUUAGGACCAUAAAAAUGAGAAUCAAGUCUCAAGACCUAAACAUUGAUUUUAAUUAAUGGAUUGGGGGUUAGUCUAGGGAAAAGGGAAAGAAACUAAAUGAGUUUUGAUACAUAAUGCAUGGCGAUUAAUUCUGAUCAUCUUUGAUCUAUUUUUGUUUUGUCUCCUAUGUAUAUUGCAGGCUCACCAAAAAAAAAAAAGUGUAAAUUUCUUGUCUUGUGUCCAACUAUUUUUGGUUCUUUUCCACCUUGUAUUUUUUAUUUGGUCAGCGUUUUCAUUUACUUAUUUGGAUUUGAGUGUUAAAAAUUUUUAUAUUGAUGGUUAUGC